UGCAGGCCGAGCAGCGACGGAACAGAGCCAGUGAAGCCCAACCCAAGCCCCGCGCGGGCAUCCAUGCAUCACCCGCCUGCCUUCGACUCGUGGACUCGCCCACUAACCAACCUAAAUCCGAACCUAUUACCCCAUGCCACUCCCGUCAACUACGUCGUCCACCGCCGCCUUACCUCCGACUCCGACCUACCUGCGACUUACAACAUCCUCCGGCCCUCCCGUGUCUUAGCUACCCUCCCCCCAAAGGCAAGGGCAGUUCUAGCCCGUCUUUCGUCCCACCUAGGUUCACCUGUCCUCUGCUUCGUGCAUCUGCUCGCCUUGACGCUGCUUCGACGACAUCAUCAUCCUCCGAUUCCAUUGCAUCUGGUUCUGGUACGUACGGCCUCGCUCUACAUUGGACGACGUUGCUCGCUAUCUGCAGUCCUCCCUGUUCCCCUCUGCUCGUCACUGCAUUCAGAUCUCUAUCGCACCCUUUCUGUGUAUCGUUGUGUCCCAACCUACCUUAGCCAUCAUCCUGGCUGGUCCUGUCCCCCUCCCCGCUGGCGCCUACCUACGUCACGCUACCUGCACUUCCGUGCUCUGCUCUGCUCUGUACCGUCCUGCCUCACGGUUCCACGCUCUUUGUCUUGGUCCCUUUCAUCAUCCGCUCUGUUCCCUCAAAUUACCCUCUCUGCUAUUGAAUCGUGGACCGGCCGUCGAGCUCUGCCCUCUCAGCCUGACUGACGUUUGGCGCGCUGACAGCUGGCGGCGGCUGCUGCGCGCUUGGCUGCAACGUCUGGGUGCCCCUCCCAGCCUUUCUCCGCGCCCUUCAAGCACCACAUCAGCCUUCCCCCGCCAGCCUACUUGCUCCAGCCCCAACCUCUCAACCUACAUACCGAGACCUAUCUUCUGACCUGUCUAGAUCAAUUUGAACCGACACCGACAUACCCCUCCCCAGUUGCCCAACUCUUGUCCUGGUCCGAGAUCACCACCCCGCUACUG